AUGUUGACAGGUUUCGAGGCCCUCGGCGCGGCGAGCGCAGUUUUGCAAGUCACUUCGUUUGCUAGCGACUUGGCUGUCGCCUGCAAAAAUGCAUAUGAUGGAGCAACAACAUCUCAGGAUGAUCUUGAGCGCUACACGGGACAAAUGUCCGAAGCCGUCGAUUGCGUACACACUCGCUGCGAGCAGAUGAACAUUUCGAACUCCAAGUUUGCUAGCCCAAAGCUUCAGAAUAUUGCCAAGGAAUGCAAAGAUGCUGCCGAAAAGCUUGAGACCGAAGUCCAGUACGUGAAUAGCUUGCAGGCCAAGGGCGAUCUUGUCAAGUCGCUCCGCAAGGCUUUCAGAACGUCGAGGCAUCAAAAAAGACUUCAAGCUCUUCAGGAAUCGCUUGCAAUGUAUCAACAGCUUAUGAAAACUGAGCUAACGUCCCAUCUAUGCUCGCAGAGCGAUGCGAUAUACUUCCAGCAAGACGUCUCAUUUCGUAAAUUGGAUGCCGAUGUCCAGUUUCUCAUCAACCAGCUAGCCGAAGGCAUAACUGAUGUCAAGGAUCUCGUCAAGCAAGAACAUGCUACAACCCGAAACGUCAUCAUCCAGGAAAGCGCCAGGACUGAGCUGGCCAUUAAUUCGCACACCGAUAGCCAAGUCUUAGAGCUCAGAAUCACUGUUGAGGCAGAGAAGAAAUGCGAAGUGUUUCUUCAAAGCCUCAAAGCUCCACGUAUGAAUCAGCGCUACAACGAUGUCAUGGACUCAAGAGACGCAACCUUCAACCAAGUAUUUGCUACUUAUAAAGACAUGAAAGCUAUGUAUUAUGGAGAUUCAGAGGGCAAUAAUAAAGAAGCUGGUGAUUCAAAGGGCAAUGAAUUUUCUGAAACAACUAGAGACCUCGAGUGUAUGACUCAUAUGGAGGAUAUACAUCGUUCGUGGGCGUCUUUCAACUCAUGGCUGCAAUCAGAUGACGAAAUGUUUUAUAUCAUGGGAAAGCCAGGUUCUGGGAAAAGCACACUUGUCAAAUUCAUCCUGGACCAGGAACAAACCCAGGACUUGCUCCGUCGAUGGAGCCCCGAUGCGAUUAUUAUGUCCUACUUUUUCUGGAAAAUCGGCUCAGAAGAGCAGAACAGUAUAAAAGGUCUUUGGUGCUCUCUACUCUACCAAAGACUGCAAGAUCAGCAACAAUUGAUUUUGAUGAUUCGACAACACUUCAGCCACUUAUCUUCACACUCAGAAUGUCACGAUUGGUCUAUCAAGGACUUGCAAGAUGUCUGGAGCUACAUUACAAAAUUAGAUACUCGACAUAUUUGCAUGUUUAUCGACGGCCUGGACGAGGUCCGGAAUCAAGAUGGCUUCUCUAAGCUUGCUCAGUCCAUUCAACUAAUAUCGCAACUUCCAACAACCAAGUUGUGCAUUUCGGCCAGGCCUGAGGCACAGAUUGUAAGAUGGCUCCGGACAUCAAAUGCUGCAGGAAUUCUGCUUGAGGACUUGACAAGAUUCGAUAUGCUUCAGUUUGUACGGGACAGGUUCCGUCAGGUAUUUCCAAAUAAUCAAAUCUCUUCAAAAAGUUCCCAAGACCUACGUCAGAAGCUUGUUGGUAAAGCGCAAGGUGUAUUUUUAUGGCUCCACCUUGCUUCACGAAGUAUCAUUGAUGGGAUCGAGAAUGCCGAUUCUGGGGAUAUGCUUCUCGCACGGCUUAAUGCACUUCCUGGAGACCUGGAAGACUUGUACGUCGAUAUGUGGCAGAGGAUGAACGCAAGAAGCACCGUCUAUCAAGAGACAGCUCGCAGAUACUUUCGCUAUGUUCUGCAGAUGUCAGACCGGGUUAUUCCAGUCAAAGGUGGCUUAGGUUGGAUAGCUUUGCCACAUCCAUUGACAUUUGAAAUCGCUUCCGCCGAGAACCCUAAAAUACAAGAAAAAGUUCUAUCGGCCACGGGUACGAUUAGAGAGACAGAGAUUCUACGAAUAUGCGAAGAAACAGAGGCUUCAAUAUCCACCAGGUGCGCAGGGCUGCUUGAAGUGCAGUCGACCAACCUUGACCACUACCUUCUGGAAACGCGGGAAGACGAUAGAGACCCAUUCAGCUACUUAACAUUCAUUCAUAGAACAGCACAUGACUUUCUUACAGAUACAGAAGCAGGCCAAGGCAUUCUAGGAUAUGAACCAUUAUCUAAUUUCUCCUGCCAGACACGACUUCUGAAAGGUCUGAUCUGCACAGUAAUGGUUAUGACAUCCGAAUGGCACCUGGUAUUUGAUAGCGAUUAUAUAAUGGCCCAAAUUACCGGUUUUGCAAAUCGCUGGGGAAACGAAGGACUGAAAUUGGCUACCGGAAUGCUCGACGUCAUUCAGCCAUUAUAUGACAAGGGGCUUUUAAGAUAUGACCUGUGUCCAUGGAUACCUCAGCGCCCGUUCUUGAGUCACUUGACCAGCGAUGACCUACUCCAUGAUUUCGUCAUCUCGCGCCUCCCAGCAGAAACCUCAACUCAUCUGGUCACCAGUAUCCUCAGAUGUAGUCUAUCGUCUGGGAAAGCACUGCCCGAGAGAAUGUUUGACAAAUUAAGGGUCCUCGGAGCGGACCCACACGAGUAUGGUGUGUUUGAUGAAACUUGGGGUCCGCAGCCAUUUGUCAGAAGGGGAACAGGAUUCACCAAUCUUCUUAUCAAUUUUCUCCUGAUGGUAAAAAGGUUCGAGUACGAAAAGCCGGAAUGGUUGUACGCAACGUCACAACGGACUUUGGGAAUUGCAUUUGACAUGGCAAAGACUUGCAAAAGCCUUGAUACAACUGUGGCAUUGUUUGCACAGUUUUCUGAAACUGGGCAUAUGCAGCUUAUGUCAUGGGUUUCAUAUAUGAGCUUGGCGGGUGAAACAUUCAACCACGGUUCCUUGUUUGUAGUUUACGAAGUCAACUUGCGGUUCUUGCUACUCUAUCUAGCCUCGAAGGCUGUUGGGAAACUUGCCGAAACUGUGCUAGCAAGCCCUCAAGCUCAGAAUAUCUUAGCAAAGAUUAACAGUCCCUCAGUCAAAGUUCGAUACUUUUGGAGGCCACAAGUUACAGAAGGCAAUAAGAAAGGAAUUAUCUCUCUGCCAAUGUUUGAGCGUGUUGUACCUGGGGUGCCCCCUAUGUCAAGAAGCGAUAUUGAAUACCUUUUUGACGUGGACUUUAAGAUGUCCUCCCAGGAGUUGCGCAUGCCAAAUGGACAUAACUCAGAACCUAAGACUAUGGCCCAAUACCUCGAGGGCACAGAGACCGAAGAAGUCGAAGUCGAAGUUAUGAUGACAAGUUUAGCUGCUGAGAGUCUAGGCGUUUGUACAUACGAGGAAGCGGGCAUAAUCCCUAGUCUGGAAUAUCUGAGGGGCUCAAGAGAAAACAAUAAUAUUGCAUGGCGACUGUUUCCUUUAUCGAUGGAACGCCUUGAAGCAGCAGCAACCGCCAUGGAAGAAACGGGAAAUCAUGAGUCUCUGGACUGA